CCCACUCCGGAGCAGACAAAAGGCGAAGUAGCCUGACUCAGUUCAAGCCUCCACGCGAAGACGAGGGAGCCAGUCAUCUCAUUGUUGCUAGCUCGGUUCAGCAAAGAAGUGAAGAUGGCCAAAGUCCCUGACCUCUUUGAAGACCUGAAGAACUGUUACAGUGAAAAUGAAGACUACAGUUCUGAAAUUGACCACCUCUCUCUCAAUCAGAAGUCCUUCUAUGAUGCAAGCUAUGAGCCACUUCGUGAGAACCAGAUGGAUAAGUUUAUGUCCCUGGAUACCUCGGAAACCUCUAAGACAUCCAGGCUUAGCUUCAAGGAGAAUGUGGUGAUGGUGGCAGCCAGUGGGAAGAUUCUGAAGAAGAGACGGUUGAGUUUAAAUCAGUUCAUCACCGAUGACGACCUAGAAGCCAUUGCCAAUAAUACAGAAGAAGAAAUCAUCAAGCCCAGAUCAGCACAUUACAGCUUCCAGAGUAACGUGAAAUACAACUUUAUGAGAGUCAUCCACCAGGAAUGCAUCCUGAACGACGCCCUCAAUCAAAGUAUAAUUCGAGAUAUGUCAGGUCCAUACCUGACGGCUGCUACAUUAAAUAAUCUGGAGGAGGCAGUGAAAUUUGACAUGGUUGCUUAUGUAUCAGAAGAGGAUUCUCAGCUUCCUGUGACUCUAAGAAUCUCAAAAACUCAACUGUUUGUGAGUGCUCAAAAUGAAGACGAACCUGUCUUGCUAAAGGAGAUGCCCGAGACACCCAAAAUCAUCAAAGAUGAGACCAACCUCCUCUUCUUCUGGGAAAAGCAUGGCUCUAUGGACUACUUCAAAUCAGUUGCCCAUCCAAAGUUGUUUAUUGCCACAAAGCAAGAAAAAUUGGUGCACAUGGCAAGUGGGCCGCCCUCGGUCACUGACUUUCAGAUAUUGGAAAAAUAGCCUUGACUGUGCACUCUACUUACUUGUAAAGUGGCGACCAUCCGUAUGUACUAUGUACAUGAAGGAGUCGAGCCCUUCACUGUUAGUCACUCGCUGAGCAUGUGCUGAGCCUUUGUAAUUCUAAAUGAAUGUUUACUCUCUUUGUAAGAGAGAACACAAAGUCCAACACUAACAUAUAAUGUUGCUUGUCAUUUAAAGAACACCCUAUACUUUGCAAACUACCAAUCAAUUUAAUUAUUAUUCUGCACAAUAAUCUUGGGAGGACUGAGGCUACUAUCUGUGGCUACAAAAGGUUCUUUCCAUAUUAUAGAUGAGUAAACUAAGGCAUAAGAAUACUAAUACCCAUGACAGCAGUUGGAAUAAGCCGUGGACACACAAUUUCAUUCCAACUGCUCAGCUUCUACUUUUAAGCCACUGAUGGACCCUUUAUCAAAUACUAUAAGUUUCUGGGGUCUCAGUUUGCUGCUGCUGCUGCUGCUAAGUCACUUCAGUCGUGUCCGACUCUGUGCGACCCCAGAGACGGCAGCGCAGCAGGCUCCCCCGUCCCUGGGAUUCUCCAGG